AUGGUUACGAUUGAAUCAAACUGGAAAUCAAAAAUCUUUUGUCAACUAAAAGAACAUAAUUGUCAAUCAAAAGCAUAUGAGAACAUUAUAGAACAUUAUAAUCGCAUUUUGGAAAAUAAUACUAUUCUACAAGUUCAAUGUAUUAAACUUGAAAAAGAUGUUUAUCAUUUACGUUUAGCUAAUACUGAUUUGGAAAGAACAGUCGAAGGAAGUCAAGAAGUAGUCAUUAUCAAUAAUAAAUUAAGCGAAGCUAAUGAAGAAGUGGUUAGACAUUUACGAGAGAAAGGUGAACUUGCUCGAGAAGUUGUUCGAUUGAAUCAUGCACUAACUGAUGUAAAUGAAAAGUUCAUUAGAGAAGAAAUAAAAGCUCAAUAA